AUGUCAACCAAGAGUUCCAAAAAGGGCAGCAAAGCCCCCAAACCGAAAACACACGACGGCAACCCCGCCCUGCCGAAGCUUCGCAUCGUCAGGGCGAAGAAAACAAUUAUUACCGCCACGAAAAAGAAUGACCAAGAUAUCAACGAGUCCUGGAAGUUCAAGGUCAUCUCUAAAGACUUCCUCGAGCAAAAGGAGAUCUGGGCGUCCCGCACACAACUCGACGACCACGGCCAGGAAAGGUUGGAAGAGUGCAAGACUAAGAUCUUCAAGGACAACCCCCGGUUUAGCAAUAUGAGCGCUGGGGCAGAAUGGAAACUAAAGAAGGAGAAUGGCCCCAGAUACGACUGGAAGCUGGUGCAGUUCAAUGAAGGAACGGAUCCAACCAACGCCGAAAAGGAGGCUGGCUUGAAGCUCAAGUCUAACAAGGAAAAGGACUACAAGCUGCGCGAUCUUUCACGGAAGUUAAUGAGCAUUCCGCCAAAGAAGAAGUACAAGGAGAAGCAGGUGUUCUGGCUUUAUUACGAGCGCCUGAAAGCGGACCAGGGGUGCGUGGAGAAGGAGCAGAGUGAAGCUCACAACAUCCGCAGCAACCCCCCUACGAAACCGGACUCUGCCGCCGCAUCGCCGGAAACUACUCCCCCCCCACGACCUGCGCAAGCCGGCCCGUCCGUCUCGGGGCAGGACCAAGUCGUGGCGUCGGCGCCUCCCCAGCCGACACCUCCGCAGGAGACCCAUCCUGUAGUUGAGGAACCGCCUUCUCCUAGCGAGUCGAGCAAGUACCGUAACAGUAGUCGACCAUCAACUUCUACCAAGACUACGUCGACCGCGACCACUUCAGUUCCAGAGGCGACUCCGCCGGCGCAAGCGACUCCGCCGGCGCAAGCGACUCCGCCAGCAACUCGGCAGGAGGACGAGUUUCUAAUGCAUUCAAUGCUUUGUGGCAGCGAGAUGAGCCCGUAUUCUGACUACAGUCAGCUACCAGAUUUUUUGGAGGCUUGGUCGCCGGCCCUGACCAGACCAGGUCCAGAGGCAGAGCCCCCGGCGCAGCCGAACCAGCCGGCCCCGCAGCCGGAGGCGACGCUGUGGCCGAUGGACGAGUAUCCCGUACCCACGGAGGCGUUAGGGCAAGCGGCCGGAUCAGCUCUGUUCGGCCCGGGUCUGGAAUCACAGCCCGCGCCGCCGCGGUUGUCGGCAUCGUGGCUGACGGAGCUGUAUCGCGCAUGCCCGGGGGGGUCGCCAGAGCGAGUGGCCAGCCCGGAUCCGGAAUCACGGUACGCGCAGCAGUCCACCGGACCGGCUCCUCUGCACGAGCCCGGACCUCCCCUCACGGUGUCCAAUCUCGGGGCUCACAAUAAAGAGCACGGCGAAGACUACGAGCAGACGGUGUGCCCAUCAGGCGUGUUGGAGGGCCAGCCAGCUCCGGCCCGUCCGGCUAAGCAAGCGGAGCCCCCGGGGCAGCCGGCUCGGUCAGCUCCUCAGGAGAUGCAGGGGCUCAAGACUGCCACGGAGGAGUACAUGCACAUGCUGAGGCAGUUGGGAGUUCCUGUGCAGGCGGCUCAAGUGCCUCUGGGCAGCCCGGUUCCUUGGCUCAAGAUUGCAGACAACUUGGUGUUCAACUACUUCAUUUAUCCGACCGCAGGCGGUCUGGGCGCGACAUCAGGGAGUUCGCAUGGAGACGCCGGCUCCGGGUGCCGCGUGAAGACGCCGGCCGCGGUGCCCGAGCCGGCCGUGGAGCGGGGCCGCGAUGCAAGCGUGGGCGCUCGUCCCGACAAUGCCGGCACCGUCCGCGGCCGAAGCCCCGAUCGAGCUCACCCCCAUACGCCCGACAGCGCCCCUGUACCUGAAGCCCAUAGUGAUGCCGGCGCGCCGACCGACUACGAGUCAGCGCUGUCAUCUCUUUCGGCAGACCGCAGAAAGACUGGACAUGCAGAGCGCAGGAGCAACUUCCCGCAACCCGAGUCCCCGUCCCUUUACUUGAUUUGCGAGGCGGAGUCCGACAUGGAGUCCGACACGCAGAGACGGGGGAGGCGCCCCGAGGAAUCGGAUAGGUCGUCUGGAGUUGAACGUAGAAGAGCCGAGCGCAGCCGGGGGGGAAUAGGAAGGGCCGCCCAUCCGGAAGAACGUGUUACACGCCAAGGGCCGCGCGACGACUCGAACACUCCGCCACCAGUCCCGGGCAGGCGUCGCGAGGGAAGGGUUCAUGGCAACAGUCAGCCUCGCAAGAACGAUCAAGCUAAGAAGAAAGAUCAAGCUUACAGCAAGAGUCGGCCUCAUAACGAAGAUCAGCGUAAACCAGGCAAAACGAGCGGGCAAUAUGAUAGGUCCCGCUGA